UCUUGUUGAAGAUUCUGUGCGUGUUCAGAAAUUUGAUGAAGCUCAGUAUUUUCCCUCGCGACUGGAACAUCAUGAGGCUGCUCACCAGCAACAUCAUCCUGACCACGGCACAGCAGCUCGGCCCGGCUCUGCACAAGAACUUCUCAGAAACAGACUUUGACUUUAAGGUGUGGAACUCCUACUUCAGUCUGGCUGUUCUGUACAUCAACCAGCCAAGUUUACAGCUGGAGAACCUGAGUCCUGCCAAGAGGAAGAAGAUCUUAGACAAAUACGGCGACAUGAGAGUGAUGAUGACUUAUGAACUAUUUAACAUGUGGCAGAACCUGGGAGAGAAUAAAAUCCAUUUCAUCCCCGGGAUGAUCGGGCCGUUCCUGGGAGUGACGCUUGUUCCUCAGGUGGAGGUGAGAAACAUCAUGAUUCCCAUCUUCCACGACAUGAUGGACUGGGAGCAGCGCAAGAACGGAAACUUCAAACAGGUGGAGGCUGAGCUGAUCGACAAGCUGGACAGUUUGGUGUCUGAGGGGAAGGGCGAUGAGAACUACAGGGAGCUCUUCGGUUUGCUAACCCAACUCUUUGGGCCUUAUCCCAGUCUUCUGGAGAAGAUCGAGCAGGAGACAUGGAGGGAGACGGGUGUCUCUUUUGUUACCUCCGUCACUCGACUCAUGGAGCGUCUGCUGGACUACAGAGACUGUAUGAAGGGAGACGAGACGGAAAACAAGAAGAUCGGUUGCACUGUUAACCUCCUGAACUUCUACAAGUCCGAGAUCAACAAGGAGGAGAUGUACAUCCGUUACAUCCACAAGCUGUGUGACAUGCACCUGCAGGCUGAGAACUACACAGAGGCUGCAUUCACCCUGCUGCUGUACUGGGAGCUGCUGCACUGGGACGAGCGGCCCGUUAAAGAGUUCCUGCAUUAUCCCGCUCAGACCGAGUGGCACCGAAAGGAGGGCCUCUGCCGCAAAGUCAUCCACUACUUCAACAAGGGAAAGUGCUGGGAGUACGGGAUUCCUCUGUGCAGAGACCUGGCCUUUCAGUAUGAAUCUCUGUACGACUACCAGAGCCUCAGCUGGAUCCGGAAAAUGGAGGCGGCGUAUUACGACAACAUCAUGGAGCAGCAGCGUCUGGAGCCGGAGUUCUUCAGAGUUGGGUUCUACGGCAGGAAGUUCCCUUUCUUCCUCAGAAACAAAGAGUUUGUCUGCCGAGGCCACGAUUAUGAACGGUUAGAAGCCUUCCAGCAAAGGAUGCUGGGAGAAUUCCCACAAGCCAUUGCGAUGCAGCAUCCGAAUCAGCCGGACGAGGCCAUCCUGCAGUGCGACGCUCAGUACCUGCAGAUCUACGCCGUGACACCCGUUCCAGAGAGCGUCGGCGUCCUUCAGAUGGACCGCGUUCCUGACCGCAUUAAGAGCUUCUACCGGGUGAACAACGUCCGACGCUUCCGCUACGAUCGACCGUUUCACAAAGGACCCAAAGACCGAGACAACGAGUUCAAGAGUCUCUGGAUAGAAAGAACGACUCUGAUCCUCACCCACCCUCUGCCGGGAAUUUCCCGCUGGUUUGAGGUGGACAAGAGGGAACUGGUGGAGGUGAGUCCAUUAGAAAACGCCAUCUCCGUGGUGGAGAACAAGAACCAGGAGCUGCGGACUCUCAUCAGUCAGUACCAGCACAAGCAGCUGCACGGAAACAUCAACCUGCUCAGCAUGACGCUGAACGGAGUCAUCGACGCCGCCGUGAACGGAGGCAUCGCCAGAUACCAAGAGGCGUUCUUUGAUAAGGAUUACAUCAGCAGCCACCCUGAGGCCGCAGAGAAGAUCACGCAGCUCAAAGAUCUGAUGCAGGAGCAGGUUCACAUCUUAGGAGUUGGUUUGGCCGUGCACGAGAAGUUGGUGCAUCCAGAAAUGCGUCCCCUGCACAAGAAGCUGAUCGAUCAGUUCCAGAUGAUGAGGAGCAGCCUCUGCCAUUGUGAAUAUUCAGAGCAGUGCUUCUAUGUUGCGCUUCAGGGUCCACCUGGCUUUGACAAGUCCGGUUCAGGAGCCAACACCCCCCGAGGGAUCCUGGCCUCCCACAGCCCCAUGAGCCCCGAGAGCUUCAAACUCGUGCACCGACACAGUGAGAGUGGAAAUCUGCUCAUCCUGGCUGAUGGGAUGGUGGUGGAGCACCCCGAGGACUUCUACCGCAUGCAGGCAAGCCCCUCCUCCUCCAGUCUAAGCUCCACCCACUCAGCCCCCUCUCAGAUGAUAAACUCCACCCCCUCCACUAUGAGAGUGGGCUCUCCUUCUCUGCCUGACAAGUACAGACACAACAGAGAAAUGCUGAUGCUGCUGCCGCCGCACAGGGAGAGACCGAGCAGUGCCAUGUACUCCAACAUCACUGAGAAUGGACAGCUGCCAAACUUCCAGCGAGCCUUGUUCCAUCAGGUGAUCGGACCCUGUAAACCCUGCAGUGACCCCAACCUCUCCGUGGCAGAGAAAGUCCUCACCACUCCCAGUAGCUGGAGUUUGGACAGCGGUACCAGAGAGGCUCUGCCUUUCCUCGCAGCUCAUGUCAGCAGCGUCAUGGCUCCACCGGUUCCACCCAGGAACCUUCCUCAUGGGCAACACCUGUCGAUGCACUUUGAUGCUUUCCACCACCAGGUCAGCGACCUCCCUCCAGCUCUCCCCGCGCGCUCCUUAAGAAAGUCUCCCCUGCACCCUAUACCUGCCUCGCCCACCAGUCCUCAGUCCAUCCUGGAUGGCAGUAACUCCACCUUGUCCGGCAGCGCCAGCUCCGGGGUCUCUUCUCUGAGUGAGAGUAACUUUGGCUGCCCCACCGCCUCCUCGGACCCCCCAGCCAGCCAGACCAACACUCUGGAGUCCGUCCCGAGCAGCCAGGCCUGGACCACCGACCAGGAAGACCUGGACUCUCUCUAUCAGCCCGUCAGGUACAGCAUGUCUGAGCCAGACGUCCUGGACGGAGUCAAACCCCCACCCUGCCGCAGCCUCUCCGCCCCUGGAGGGGUCAACCCAGCCCAGGUGGGGGGUCAAGUCCAGAUUCCAGCUUUGGGCAGCGUUGGAGCUCCACAGUCCCAGCUGGACGGGCUGCAGCAGCAGCAUCACUUCUACCACCACCACUUCCACCCACACUACAUCCCCCACAAUCCACCUCUCUACCACCUCCACGAGCCCCCUCCAGCCCUGCCCCCAAAACCCUACCUCAGAGAGGGCUGCAUCCCUGAGGAGGACCCCCUGAUUACACAAUCUGGACCUCCGGCCCCUCCUGCACCCCGACCCAUGCCGAGGAAGAUCUCCCAGCCCAUAAUCGCUGCGACCAAGGAGGAGCAAGCUAAAGUGGCGUGGGAGCACGGCGUCAGCGAGGAGUGAGCGCGCGCAAAACAAACAGACGUUCUGCAGGAACCACGUUAAGAUACAGACAUUCUGCAGGAACCACGUUAAGAUACAGACGUUCUGCAGGAA